ACACAGCUAUACUUCAGUCGGAUCACUAUACUACUGCAACUAGUCACGUCUCUCUCGACAUACGCGGCGAAAAUAUCCAGCCAGCUUUUCAUAUCGCUGGUGAGGCACACAUCCUGUUUGUUCAUCCACUCCCUGAGGCUACUGCGCAAAUUUUCAGGCGGGACUUUGCAGCAGCCCUGUUUAACGCUGAGUUACAAUGUCCGUUCUGUAUUAUUCCUGGACUUUAUUGUUUUUGAAUUUCUCUGAUUAGCGAAAAGGUAAAAAUGUUGCACGAAUCGGUUCCUCAUCCCGUGCGCACUGCACUCUUAACGUCGUCGUCCUUUGUAUUCAGUGUGUAGAAACAACCGCCUGCUUGCGCAAGUUUUAUCCCAGGAACCGAAUCUGAGUAGUACCUCUCAAACGUACGUCGUAUGUCUUUGUCUAGGCCAAGAAUUGUAAACACCACAAGCACAUAACGGCCACCACGUAAAGAUUUCUAUCGUUUCCGUCUAAGAUUCAUCGCACGCCACUACGGAAGAAGCCGUACUAUCCUUAUUUUCAUUCUUCUUAUUGUCCUUUCUAUUUCUCAUGAGGCUCGACUUGGUAAUAGUUGUCUGCGUCUCUGACGUCUUGUGCUUCGGCUGGAUAACAAUGCAGAUGUUUCGUUACUGCCCCCCCACCCCCGUCGUUCCAGAGAAGGACGAGGUCGUCAAACUCGACUUCGGUGCAGUCUUUGGACGAGAGGGCGAAAUGCACGUCCCUCUCGGGAGCACCUCAGGAAUAGGAGGGUCAACGUGCCCUCUUCAUAGCGUUUGCCUUUGCCAUUCGCAAGCUGGCGCAUGUUCUUUCGCGAAACGGAGAAUCUCCGCUGCGCUGUCCGGCCAGAGUACUACAAGCACAGACCAGCUGAAAUACCAGAAGAUGUGCCAGUUUGCGACUUGUGAAGGCGAAUGGUGUGAGGAGGGCAGUCUAGCCUUCCUGUUCCUGAGAUGCCUUCGAGAGGGACUGCAAUUCGCCCUCUCGUCCAACGACUGCGCUGGGGGCAAGCUGGAGAACCUUAUCCCUUACUGGAACAGUGGGGCAGUAACCGAGUGUCCGCAGUGUUUUGCCAACCGAACCAUAAGACGUCAGGGACGCAGUCAACUAUUCCCAGAUCCAGUCUAAUGUGAAACAGAAAGGACAGUAAGAAGCAUAAAACUAAGGAUAAUAAGGAUUUUUUUCAUUAUGGUGCACGGUAAAUAUUAGACUAAUGUGGCAGUUUCUUUACGUGGUGGCCGUUAUGUGCUUGUGCUGUCUACAAACCUUGACUCAAAGACACACGACAUAUGUUCGUCAGACACGACCCAGAAUCAGUUCCCAGGAUGAAACUUCGGGAAUCAGACGGUCGUUUGUACAGACUGAAUCCAAAUGAGUGUGAAGUUAAGCGUCCAGCGCAGGACGAUGACCGAUCUACGCUACAUUUUUAGGUUUUCGCUAAUCAUAGCAAUUAAGAGACAAUAAAGAUCAGGGUUUACACAGAACUGAAGCUGUUACUAAGUGUCGAACACAGGUGCUGCGCAGCCAUGUGUGAAAAUUUGCGUAGUAGCCUCAGAGAGUGGAUGGACACACGGGUCGUUUGUCUCAUUAGCAACUGGAAAACCUGGGAGAAUACUGUCGGCCCGUACUCCAAGAGACAUGUGACUAAUUGCAGCAGUAUGCUGACCCGAUGGAAGUACAUUUAUGUAGGAACAG